UUAAGGUUUUCCCUCAUAUCGAGGAAGAGGUUACCGUGUCAAUCACUGUGUCUAGUAUUUAUAUUUUUUGGGUGUAAAGAGAGCUCCCAAUAAAAGGCAAUAAUGUAGACGAGAUUUAAUCUCUGAUGUUAGAGUAGGCAACCACCUAAAUUGUUAUACUUUGCUUCGCUUAUGACUUUGAAUUACUUCGUAUUAUACUGGGCUCCAUCCUCCAUCCCUAAUAAUAUGGUUUCAACAAUAAACAUGUAACAAAAUCCAACCCUUUUAAAAUCCAUUCAACAUAGGUACAACUACAGACUACUGAGUACAAGUGGUCAACUUUAGCACCAACAAAAAAUGUCUCCCUUCAGUUAAACAAAUUAAAUUCAGAAAGCAUCAGAAUAUUAUGGGCAUAUAGAUAAAUUUAGUAAAUUACAAUAAUUAAAGUAAUUUCCUCAUAAAUAAUGCAAGUCAUGCAGCAACAGCAGAAAACCAACAACAGUGUUAUCUCAGAGUUUGUUUUGUCAUCUUUAGAAAUUUACCUUCAGAAAGAUAAAUUUUUUGUACCAAUUUUAGGCUGCAAAAUCUAACCAUUUCUGUCAAGAUUCAUUUCUUCCCAUCCCUUGUUAUUUUCCCCUAUUUUUUUUUUAUUUUUUUUUAUGUUGUUCUGCUUUUUUUCAGAAGAUAGAUGAUCACAAAAAUGGGUAACAUUUCCAAUGUGGGAACAAAAUUUCUAUGUCGUCUUGGUAGGUUCCCACAUUGAGUUAGUACUCUUAUCGUAUUCUUUGUUACAUGUUAUGUUUUCGUAUAUAAUGUGUUCGGUAUCUGUCUAGUAUUACUCAUAAAAUUCAUUGAAACAUCAGUAGCUUGAUAUAAGACUCGAGUGCGGGUAAAAGAGUGUUAAAUGGAAUCGAACAUGGCUGGUUUUCUUUUGAACGCAUCAACUCUUGAUCUUGGGCUUAGCUUGAAUACACUUCACACCCAAGCUUGUCAUCAUGCUGAUCAGAGCAACCAAAGAUUGCAAAUGGAUUCGACAAUAGUCCCUGGGGGUUACAAUAAUGAUCCGAUGCAGUGGUCGUACCCAAGUUACUUGGUACGCCUCAAAAGUCCUAAUUGCUCAGAAUCAAACCCUGAUAAUUCUAUUCAAGAACUGGAGGGAGUCCAGAGCAAAGAACGAUGGACUUAUGUUAAGGUCAACAUGGAUGGCGUUAUCGUAGGCAGGAAAAUCUGCCUCGUCGAUCAUGCUGGCUAUGCUGACCUUGCUCUUCAACUAGAGAACAUGUUUGGUGGGUUAACAGCAUAUGGCUUACGCUUGUUUCAACGUGGAUCGGAAUUUAUGCUCUUCUACAAGGACAGAGAGGAGAAGUGGAGGUCUGCUGGAGAUGUUCCAUGGAAGGAGUUUGUAGAUUGUGCAAAGAGGUUAAGGAUAUUGCGAAAGAACAAAGUGCUGCUCUCUUAAAUCCAAACAAUGCCUGUUCUAUAACGUAAACGCACGAAACUCGGUUGAGCCUGCUAUCAGGACUUAGAUAUGAGUUAGGAUUUAGAUUCACUAGCUUUCAAAUUGUAAUGAACUCAAGUAAAAUAGCUUUUGAUCAAGAUUACAUUACCCCACUUUAUUAUUCCUUACUAAUGUCAUCAUUAAAUACCGAUAUUUUUAGUGAACUGCUAAAUGACUACUGUACUCCAUUAAUAUAUCUAUCUUUUGAUCAAGAUUACAUUACCC